AUAUUGGAACGACAUGGAGGGCAGUAUGAACACUGACAGGUCCGUGGAAGCACACUGCAGCGCAAACCGUAGUCAAGUUUCGACGCCGGAAGGAAAUGACUCAAAGAGAGGGACAAUAAAAAGAACUCCAUUUUCAAAGUUUAAGAGAGUACACUCCAACUUCAAGUCACCUCUCCAAGUAUCAGAGAGUGUUCAAAUCAGCCCCGAAGAGGAGGUGGCAGAAUUGGUGAGGAGAAGAGAGCAGCUGGAUUUAGAGAUAGCACAGCUGGAGGCACAAGGAUGUAGAGUAGAAGAGCUGGAGGACCAUAUUGACAAGCUGCAUGAAUACAACGAUAUCAAAGACAUUGGACAGUCGCUCCUGGGUCGUAUUGAUCAUGGUCUGUUCAACGUU